CGAAAAUUGAACUUUUGCGGCAAAGUGCAAUUGGAAAAAUAUUUGGAAGGGGUCGUCUCUUUUUUAACUUUUAGGGGGGAAAGUGCGAAUCUGAGAAAUUUAUAAGGGGCGAUGCACAUUUAGUUCUUCUUUAUUUUAUUUUUUAUUGUUUUGGUUUUAUUUUUUAGAUUUCUAAUAAAUAUGAUUUAUCGAUUGAUGACUAACAAGAUUUGGUCAUGGAAAAAAAAUUAAUUAUAUGACAUUGUAGCCGGUGGGACCGACACGAGCGCGAUAACAGUCGAGUGGGCAAUGGCCGAGCUCAUGCUACAUCCGACGGUCAUGAGCAAGGCGCAUAAAGAAUUAUCCGACAUAGUUGGAUUGAACAACACAGUCGAAGAAUCCCACAUCCCGAAAUUGAAAUAUCUAGAAGCAGUUGUUAAAGAAACAAUGCGCUUACAUCCAGCAAUACCUCUCCUGAUUCCGAGGUCUCCAUCGCAAUCUUCCACCGUGGGAGGGUACACCAUACCGAGGAACACCAUGGUCUUUAUAAACGUCCGAUCGAUCCAAAGAGAUCCGUCGAUUUGGGAUAAUCCAUUGGAAUUCAAGCCAGAGAGGUUUCUUGAUGGCGAAAGUGGGAAAUGUGAUUUUAGAGGGAAUCAUUUUCACUAUCUCCCGUUUGGGUCGGGGAGAAGGAUAUGCACCGGCAUUCCACUUGCCGAGAGAAUGCUGACACAUUUGCUGGCGUCGCUCUUGCAUUCUUUCGAUUGGGAAAUACCGAAGGGUGAAUCGACACUUGAUAUGUCGGAGGCGUUUGGGAUUGUCUUGAGGAAAGCUACACCAUUGGUUGGCAUUCCUAAUCCAAGGUUGAAUGGUUCAAAUUAA